CCGCUGUCCGCCGCCCGCCGCCGCGGGAGCCAGAGAUGGAUUUGCAGCCGCUGCAAGUGUGUGGCAGGGCCGUGUUCGUGUUGACAAAGAAGGUCGGCUGCUGAGCCAGGGCGUAUCUCCCGGAGGCCUGUGGGCUGCCAGGAUCCCCACCUCUCUGCAAUGGGCUGCCCAGGCUGACCAGCCGGUUCCUGCUGGAAGCUCCUGGUCUGAUCUCGGGAUACCAUGUCCAAGCCCCCCGACCUCCUGCUGCGGCUGCUCCGGGGCGCCCCAAGGCAGCGGGUCUGCACCCUGUUCAUCAUCGGCUUCAAGUUCACGUUUUUCGUCUCCAUCAUGAUCUACUGGCACGUUGUGGGAGAGCCCAAGGAGAAAGGGCAGCUCUAUAACCUGCCAGCAGAUAUCCCCUGCCCCGCCUUGGCAGCCCCCACCCUACCCUCCCACGGCCCUGCUCCAGGCAACAUCUUCUUCCUGGAGACUUCAGACCGGACCAACCCCAACUUCCUGUUCAUGUGCUCGGUGGAGUCGGCCGCCAGAACUCACCCCGAAUCCCACGUGCUGGUCCUGAUGAAAGGGCUUCCGGGUGGCAACGCCUCCCUGCCCCGGCACCUGGGCAUCUCACUUCUGAGCUGCUUCCCGAAUGUCCAGAUGCUCCCGCUGGACCUGCAGGAGCUGUUCCGGGACACACCCCUGGCUGACUGGUACGUGGCCGUGCAGGGGCGCUGGGAGCCCUACCUGGUGCCCGUGCUCUCCGACGCCUCCAGGAUCGCGCUCAUGUGGAAGUUCGGCGGCAUCUAUCUGGACACGGACUUUAUCGUUCUCAAGAACCUCAGGAACCUGACCAACGUGCUGGGCACCCAGUCCCGCUACGUCCUCAACGGCGCCUUCCUGGCCUUCGAGCGCCGGCACGAGUUCAUGGCGCUGUGCAUGCAGGACUUCGUGGACCACUACAACGGCUGGAUCUGGGGUCACCAGGGCCCACAGCUGCUCACGCGGGUCUUCAAGAAGUGGUGUUCCAUCCGCAGCCUGGCCGAGAGCCGCGCCUGCCGCGGCGUCACCACCCUGCCCCCCGAGGCCUUCUACCCCAUCCCCUGGCAGGCCUGGAAGAAGUACUUUGAGGACAUCAACCCCGAGGAGCUGCCGCGGCUGCUCAAUGCCACCUAUGCUGUCCACGUGUGGAACAAGAAGAGCCAGGGCACACAGUUCGAGGCCACGUCCAGGGCGCUGCUGGCCCAGCUCCAAGCCCGCUACUGCCCCACAACGCACGAGGCCAUGAAGAUGUACUUGUGAGGGGCCCGCCAGGUCACCUCCCCAACCCGCUCCUGAUGGAGGGGGCACUGGGCCGCCCUUCCUGGGGAGGCAAGAUUGGGGGCCCGGGAAAGGGAGGCCCGAGCUGCCACCGGGCUUAGGCAGGCUGUUGAGGAGCUGUGGGAGCAGGCCCAAUGGGAGGCUAUGGACACCCCCAAGACAGUGUCCUGUCUCGAGGCAGGGCUGACACGUGGUGCCAUGGCCAGCAGAGCGAGCUCAGUGAGUGCCCCAGGCCUUCUAGACAACAGGCAGGAAGGAUGAACCUCAGGGCACCCCCGGGUGGCGCGGGAAGCCGGGCAGUUGGGACAGAGGUGCCCACGAGGGCAGAGGCCGGUGGCACCCCAGGCCUUCUAGACAACAGGCAGGAAGGAUGAACCUCAGGGCACCCCUGGGUGGCAGGGGAAGCCGGGCAGUUGGGACAGAGGUGCCCACGAGGGCAGAGGCCGGUGCUAAGGGGAUGGGGAAGGAGGGACGAGAUUCCCAGAGAGGAAAGGAGGCUGUUGGUAGGAAAGCGGCAAGGCUGGGGGAGACCCAGCCCCAAGGGUCUGGGGCGGAGAAUGCUUUGCUCUUUUCUGGUUUUGGUUCCUCUUUCGGGGGGGUUAACAGGGACUGAGUGGGGCAGAGGCCCAGCAGUGCCAGCCUGGGGAGCCCUUUAGGGGCAGCCCAUCCUGCCCAUCCCAUCCUUCCUCCUCUCCAGAGAUGCCAGGGGGCCGUGUAUGCUCUGCCCCUUCCCUCAGAUGGGGGCUGGGUGGGGAGGCUCUUUAGGCUCAGGAGAAGCAUUUUAAAGAAACCCCCACCCCGCCGCACACAUUAUAAAUGCAGGAGAAUAAUCAAUAGAAUAAAAGUGACCAACUGUCA